AAAUCGAUAAGAACUCGGCGGCAAAAAGUGUGACACAUUUUUCCUGUAAAUAAUUCCUAUUCCUUGCCAUUUCCCAACAAGAAAUGGCGGAUUUGAAAUUCCUCAUUCUGGGAAUUUUCAUUUCUAUUGGAUUUGUUCUUAAUAUUGUCGGCGUUGUGGCGCCAUGCUUCAUGGUGGAGAAGGCAACAGCCGAUUCGAAGCAGCACAAAUGUCAUGCGGUUAAUCCGUUCUCGAGUAUGGGCUCCUCGUACGAUUUCGCGAGCUUCGCCCUCUACACCACAGUUGUCUGCCAGUUCAUGGUCGCCUUGAUGUAUGGAUUCAUUGUCUAUGAAACAAAAAUCAAGAAGCGGCAGUAUUCCAAGGAGAUCCUCUCGUUGUUCUACUAUUUCAAGUGGUUCUUCCUACUGAUCGUUGUGCUGAUUGCGCUGAGCUUUGUGCUGAUCGCGAUCAAGUUCCAGAGCCGUUUCAAUGACAAUACUGUUUAUCUCUCCUACCAAUCAUUGCUCCUGAUCACCACAAUCAUCGUGUGCUCCAUCAACAUUGCACUUUCCCGACGCUUGGUGGUUCAAGUGGCACGAACAAUCCGGCAAAACUCUACUCAUACUGCGAACCCAUUCAAUUUUGACACUACCAGUGUCUAUUCAAUUUCCAAGAACUGAAUUAUUUUGAUAAAAUUGUGAAUUUUGAAAGAAAUGGAGUUUUAACAUUCAAUUUGGCAGAAAACUUCUAGAUUUGAGCCAAAACCAAAAAAAAACAAUUUUAAGAAGAUUCCAUUGGCGAUUUUGAUGAUUUUACUCAAUAUUUCUACAUUUUAAGGGAAUUUUAAGGAUUUUAUGGAAUUUUUGAAUUUUUAAUGCCUUCAGACGUACGAUUUUCACAAAUUCCAAUUGUUUUCGUUUUCCGAGAAUCCCUUGAAAGGCGGAGUUGUCCCUCGCCUAAGCGUAAGCGUAAGCCUAAGCCUGAUCCUAAGCCUAAGUCUAAGCCUAAGCCUAAGCCUAAGCCUAAGCCUGAGCCUAAUCCUAAUUUUGAUUUUGAGUCAAAAUUUCAAGUUUUAAACUGCAUUUUUAAUAUUCACAACCAAAAAUUAAAUUACAUACACCAAUAUUUACUGUUUUGAAUGAAACUAUACAGUUCCGUCA